AUGACCAAGCAGACCUACCCUGGAAAACUGGACAACCUGGUCAGCACUUGUUGAUUUUAUAUUUUACAUAUUUUCAGUGAAUGGCAAACUGUGGUUUGAUAAUGCUCUUCCACCAUGUUUUCAGGCAGCUGGGGGUCUAGUAGCAGGUAUCAUUGUGAAAAACGAUCAAGGAAUGUGAGCAGGAGGCCUGCAUCCCAGCAGACAUAGCAGAGACUGCAUGCCCCGUGAGCACAGUGAGUUGAUUGAUGUCUCAACAGGAGUGGGGGCGGCAGGUAAUUUAGUGGUUAAGAGCGUUGUGCCAGUAACCGAAAGGUUGCUGGUUCUAAUCCCCGAGCCGACUAGGUGAAAAAUCUGUUGAUGUGCCCACUUAAACCUAAUUGCUCAUGUAAGUCGCUCUGGAUAAGAGCGUCUGCUAAAUGACUAAAAUGUAAAUGUAAAAUAAGUGGGCAGCACUCUGCAGUGUCUCAUUGAGAAUGCUGUCUCUUUGCAUGCUUUUACGUAGGCCUACAUUCUCAUCCACAGUAUUUCAAUAUCCCCUGUGUCUUCUCUCAUAGCUCUACAUAUGAGGAUGAGGAGGGGGUGUUUCCAGAAAGCCAGUUUGUGUUCGACUUGGCCGCUACCUCCCGAGUUCAAGCUUAGGAUAGGGGAUGGGGAGGUACAAGAUUUCUACCUCUACUCCAUGGACAAGGUCAACCACUCUACUUUUGAGCACCUCCAGUCCUGCAUGAUAGUUCUUAUGUCUGGCCCAUGA